AUGAAAGUACUUCGUGAGUUGUAUAGUAACUUCACGACUGGAAUUUUGCCAUUCUACAAGAACAUCAUCAUUGACGUGAAGAGGGGGGUCCGACAGGAUGAUACAACCUCACCCAAAAUAUUCGCAGCUACCCUCGAGAACGCAAUACGAAACUUGGAAUGGGGCGACAUGGAAGUGAAGGUUGGUGGUCGACAGCUACACCAUUUGCGCUUUGCUGAUGACAUCGUACUGAUAACACCUAGCAUCGGUCAAGCGGAACGAAUGCUGACCGAAUUCAACGAAACAUGUGGAUGCAUCGGUCUUCAGCUGAAUCUCCAAAGACGAUGUUUAUGCGGAACGGAUGGGUCUCGGAUGCCCCAUUCACGCUCAGCGGAACGAACAUAUCCGAAUGCACCAGCUACGUUUAUCCGGGUCGGGAAUUGA